AUUCUUAAACAACAUAUUGUUUAAGAAGUUGUCAAGUUAAACAUUUUAUUAUUAUUAUUAGCAUAAUCAACAUAUCCACUUUAAUUAUUCACUAUAAGAGGUAAACGAUUUUUAUAUAGCUUGACUUUUGACCUUAUAUUCAAAUUCAGAUCUAUCAAGCCCUCCCAUUUCAAAAUCUGUUAACCAAUCAAAUUCUCAGAUAUCACAGCAAUGUUACUGAUUGGUCAGCGAGUGGUGACUCUUAUCCCUGCACUCUUUAAAUCUCCAUCUAUUCUGCUCUGCGACUUUGUAACACUUUACAUACAUAUAUUAAACGUCUUGUGUUGUAAUUGUCCUUUCUUUCUUGUAACAAUGGUUGAGCAAUUUGUUGGCAAAUGGAAAAUGACUUCAAGUGACAAUUUUGAUGAAUACAUGAAGGCUGUAGGUGCUGGUUUUGCCUCUCGGCAAAUGGCUAACCUUGCAAAACCCAGUCUGACGAUUGCUUUGGAUGACCAGGGGUUCAUCUCUAUGAAAGCUGUCACUACUUUCAAGACCCUGGAAAUCAAAUUCAAAUUAGAUGAAGAAUUUGAUGAGACAACAGCAGAUGACAGAAAAGUGAAGACUAUUAUGAGCCUUGCAGAUGGUAAACUUAUUCAAACGCAGACCUGGGAGGGGAAGACCACAAUAAUUGAAAGAGAGAUUCAGGACUCCAAAAUGAUAGCGAAAUGCACCAUGGAUGAUGUGGUCGCUAUCAGGACAUAUGAGAAAGAUGCAUGACCGGAUGAACUCGGAUGAAUUAUGAAAUAUUUUAAUGACUGACUCUUAAUUUGAUGUGAUAUAUACAUUGCAUUGUUGCAGUAAAACUUUUUUUUUUUUUUUUUUUGCUUUAUAAACAUAAUAAAAUAAUAAAAAGGAUAAAAUGUCUCUUUA